CAGUGUGUGGGUGACGCUAUCACUUGUGAUUGUCACUUGAAGCUGUUGUUGCGGCCUGAUUGUCCAUUGGAGCUGUUCUUGUGGCCUGUGAUUGCCCCUUAGAGCUGUUGUUGCGGCCUGUGACUGUUCUAGGACCUGGUGUUGUGGCCAAUCGAUGUCACUGUUCCCUGAUCUAUGGGCCCCGGGACACUCUCGGGCUGUCACUGGAGUUGUGUAGUUUGUCCCGGACCUGGUAGUGUCCCUCCCCCCUCGGGCUGUAUGUAAUUCGGUAUCCCAGCCUCCGAAAUGGGCUCCGGUGCUCUGUCAGCCGGGCCCCCGGCGCCCCCCACGCCGCACAAGAAGAUGAAAAAGCGAAAAGAACUAAACGCUCUGAUCGGUUUGGCUGGAGAUGGUGGGAGGAAGAAGUCUAAGAAAGGCAGCGGCCACCGGCUCCUCCGUACCGAGCCCCCGGACUCUGAGUCUGAAAGCGACAGCGAAGAGAGCGAGUACACACGGCUGGAGGGUCGGCGCCUGGGCCUAGAGAGGAGCACCUUUAUACAGUGCUGCAAGGUGUGCUACCCGCUGUGUGGGUUUGUAGUACUCACGGCGUGCGUUGUGACUUGCGUGGGUUUAGUCUGGAUGCAAGUCGCCCUAAAGGAAAAUAUGGAUGCGCUUAAAGAAACCUUUAGAGCAAUGGAGGCAGAACAGAAGACCUCGCUGCAAAAGAUUCCCCAGCUAAGUGAGGACUUGCUAACAAAGCAAAAGCAACUGGACGAGUUGGAGUCGGGGGAGAUUGGACUGAAUAAGCUCUGGACUAACAUCACUGAGAUCAAUAAGCAGAUUGCUGCUCUAACAGCUGCUGUGAACAUCCUGAAAGCCAACAUAAAGUCCGCAUCGGACCUGAUCAGUCUCCCUAACACUGUAGAAGAACUCCAGAAGAGCGUUGCAACCCUGGGUAGCACUUUAACCAGUGUUCAUCACGAUGUAGAGACCCUGCAGACUGAGGUGGGGGAGCACAAGAAACAAAUAGAAACUCUGCAGGAUGAAAUGGCUAAAUUUGCAGCAAAAGACAAAGACCAGCUAUCCACAACCCCCUCGGCUAUUAGCAGCAAAUCUCAGAGCCAAACACAGCAGGAAAUCGUCUAUCUACAAAGUUCCAUAGAAGACCUGAACGUCACGAUGCUGAAAUAUCAGAGCCAGAACGAGCAGAAACUUCACAGUGUAGAUUCCACCAUUGCUAAUCUCAGCCAGAGAGUCAACCUGAUAGAAAAUGAACUACAGUUUGUAAACAAGGUGGACAAUAUAACUUCCCCAGAGGUUGUUGCAAAUAUAACCAAAACAGACCCCUCACAGGUGAGAGAUGAGUCCCCCGCUUCUAAACUGCAGGAGAAUCUCCAGCUUAUUCAUGCCCUUACUAAGCAACCAGAUGCUGGCAAGAUAAAACCGGAAGAUAAGUCAGGCAGUGGUCAAGUUACAGCAAUUCCUCCCUCCCUUGCUAGAAUUUCCCCAAGGUCACUCAGUUCAGGAAUUCUUAGACCGAAAAAGGAAAUCUCUUUACCAGGAAUUUUCACUGAAAAAGAUCUUGAAGAGCUCUUCAGGAAAUCAGAGCAGGGUAUAGAGGGGAAGUUCUCCUUCCAAGAAUUGGAACAGUUGCUUGGACAAUUGCUGCCUGAACCUCAGAAUCUCAAGCGAUUUGAUGCUGAUGGGGACAAUAAAUAUUCCUUUAAUGAACUAAAACCAGCUUUAAAUGAAAAGUAAACACAAUGGACAUGUGGUUGGAUAUAGCUUUGAUUGCACUUUUCCCAAUAUUCUUCCAUGCUGAGCAAUCCCAUCACACUCGGUGUUGAGUGAUCCUUUUUAAGAUUUUAUUGCGAUCUUUUGAGAUGCACAACAUUUUGGAAACAAACAUCCUUAUUUUACAAACACAUGGACAUUAUCUUUAAUUUUGCUUAAGGUUUUAUUGUAAUUAGAUCGAUUUCUUUAGUUCAUAGGUUUUAAAAUAUUGCCUUAAAUUAAUAUACUGCACUUUACACAGAGCAUAGAAGUUUUCUUUCAAAUAAUGACCCUGUAGAUAAAGUAUACUAUGCACACAGCAUGACCCAUAAAGGAGACCAGCAGGGUCCAGAAUACUGCAUCCUUCCAGCACGGCAGCAUUUGUAGUGGACAAACAGUAAUGCCAGGAAUGGAUGAGUUAAACCGUACAACAGUACUGAAGAGGAAUAUGCACUUCUACAUGUGAUGGGACCUUAUAGGAACGAUCUUCAGGCCGCUGCUUACUAGGUACAAGUGGACCAAACUGGAGAAGAUCCUUUACACGGACUUUGUUGAAUGUACAGUACUAAUAGAUUUGAUAGAAUCUCUAAGUUCUCAGGACAGGAAACUGUAACUUAUUUGUACUUUAAACAGAAUUGUCUGCACAUUAUUUUGAACCCCAUUGUUUUUAAUAGACUGUACUUACUAGUGAUCUGCCUCAUUCUACAUGUAAUUUGCUAGCUCUGUUUUUCACAGCCGGAGAGAAAGCUCAUACGUAUACAACACAGACUAUUAUGAAGUUUGAAAUGUGAUUUAAAGUUCUAUUAACACUUUGGACUUGUAAAUUAAUUAAAUGAUUUGUAUAACAGAA